UGUUGACAGCUGCUGGCGUCGGCACGUGUUUGGAAACUGGCGUAGUUGAGUGUACAGAAACAAGUUCAGUGGAAACCAUGAAGCAAAGAGCGGGAAACAAGCUCCCCAACAAUCUGCCGCAGUUGCAGAACUUGAUAAAACGUGACCCUUUAUCCUACAAAGAUGAGUUCAAUCUGCAACGCCACUUCUAUGAAUCGCUGCUUCAAGCCUUCCGGCUCCGUCCGACGGAGCACAACAAGGAGUUGGACGAGCUGGUCAUGUUUUUGGCACAAGUCAGUCACUGUUACGAAGAAGAGAUGAAACAGUUCCCGCAGGACAUGGUCGAUCUCCUCAAGAAUUACAACACCCAGCUUGAUCCGGAAAUGCGGAUGACGUUCUGCAGAGCCCUAAUCCUGCUGCGCAACAAGGGUUUGCUGCAGCCAACAGAUCUGCUCGAGCUUUUCUUCAACCUUUUGAGGUGCCAGGACAAAUCUCUGAGGGUUUUCCUCAAGAACCACAUAAUCCAGGAUAUAAAAAAUACCAAUGCCAAAAGAAAGGAUGCCAAGCUAAACACGACGCUGCAGAACUUCAUGUUUACCAUGUUGAAGGACAGCAACUUAGUAGCUGCUAAAACCUCUCUUGAUGUCAUGGUGACUUUGUACAAAAAGAACAUAUGGAAUGAUGCCAAGACAGUGAACGCCAUAGCCACAGCCUGCUUCCACAAGGCAACAAAGGUGCUGGCCACUGCUCUCAACUUCUUCCUCGGUAGUGAUGAAGAGGAGAAAAAUGAAGAUUCCAGCAGUGAGUCUGAGCCUGAAGGCCCAAGCAUACAGGAAAUCAUCAUGGCUCAUCGGGUGAACAAGAAGUCGCGGAAGAGGAAGCGCAUCCUUGACAAAAGCAAGCAAGCAAAGAAGAAACAAAAGAAGGACAGCAAGGCACAGGUUUUCAACUUUUCUGCGCUUCAUCUGAUACACGAUCCACAAUCCAUGGCUGAGAAGCUGUUAAAGUCCCUUCAAGAGAUGAACGAAAAAUUUGAAGUCAAACUUCUCGUCAUGAACUUGAUUUCACGCCUUAUUGGCAUUCACGAGCUCUUUGUGUUCAACUAUUACCCAUUGGUUCAGCGAUACCUUCAGCCACAUCAAAGAGAAGUCACAAAGAUACUACAGUACACAGCGCAGGCGUCCCAUGAGCUCGUUCCACCCGAUAUUUUAGAGCCAGUGUUGAUGACGAUUGCCAACAAUUUUGUUACUGAGCGCAACUCAGUUGAAGUAAUGACUGUUGGGUUGAAUGCAAUUCGAGAAGUGUGUGCACGAUGCCCCUUGGUCAUGAAUGCAGAUUUGUUGCACGACUUAGCUCAAUACAAGUCAUACAGAGACAAAAAUGUUUCAACAGCUGCCAAGUCACUGAUCCAUCUGUACAGGACCAUUAACCCAGAGAUGCUUGCAAGAAAGUUUAGAGGUAAACCCACUGAAGAAACGCAAGAACUGAAGGCCCUCAAGUAUGGGGAGCUCAAAGCUCCAAGCUUUGUACCUGGUGCUGAAGUGCUAGAAGUUGAUGGUGAAGAGGAAAACAAUGAUGAAGAAAAUGACAGUGACGAUGAGGAUGACGACUCGGACGGCUGGGUUGAUGUCCAACAUUCGGAUGAUGAAGCACCUGACCCUGAACCUGGCCAUGAAAAUAAAACAGAGCAGGGAGCAGAUUCUGCCAAGAAGAAGGGCAAAUCUCUGCUUAACCUCGAAGAACGUGCUCAAAAGGCAGCUCUGGUUUCGGAGACUCGAAUUCUAAGCCAACAGGAGUUUGCCAAGGUUCGCGCUGCUCAGCUCUCGAAGAAGAUGAAGGCUGCAAUACCACAGAGGUUCACCAAGAAAGGUGCUGCUACAACCAAGACUGGUGCUACCACUGCUACUGCCGAAGUACCAGAUGCCACCAUUGGCGAGAAGAAGGAGAUUGUCUCCCUGAGGGACAUUGAGAAGCUGGUCAAAAAUCCAAGAAGCACCAAGGAGUCUCGGCUUGCUUCGAUCAAAGAAGGAAGAGAAGACCGGGAAAAGUUUGGUGGACGGAAGAAGAAAAAGGGUGAAUUCGCAAGCCAGAGCAAUAAGGAAAAACGCAAGACCAAGGUCUUCAACAUGGUCAAGCACAAACUCAAGCGCAAGCAAAAGCGCUCAUUUCGUGAGAAACAGAUUGCCUUGAGGGAUGCAUUGUUAAAGCAAAAGAGAAGAAAAUAGUAGGCUCACAAAUAUACAUUUUGUUUUAA